AUGGCCGCUGUUGAUGCUGGCGGCAAUCAACGUCCUAAUCCACUGCAACCGCCGCCAUUGCGGCUGCCGGCGAUCGCGGUGCCAGUGGUGACAAUGAGUGCGUUUGUGGUCGGAGAGGACAUAGGGCUUGCGCCCUAUGCCUAUGUCAUCGUCGACGUGACUUGUGGGCUUCAAAAUGCCCUUCAAGAGCAACAGCGCCUCUCGCAACGCGGCCCUCUUGCCAACCAACUGGACAACGACCCCGGCUACCUGGACGGCCUCCACAUCGCCUUUGACAUCGAAGGCCCCGCCACCGUGGUUUGGGAAUUCGGGGCUCCUCAUUGCCAAACCCUCCGAAUCAACGACCGCUGGGUCGUGAUGAUCAAAAUCAGCCUCAAAGAGAACAAUUUGGCGGCAAGAAUGUCCAGCUCCGUGCGGUCUUCGCUUGCAAUGAUCGACCAAUUCCUACAGACACUCGAGAUCGACAGCAAGAAAAGCGAACCUGUCUUUGUUCACGCAAUCGUCAGAUACCGACACGCUUUCUUGCCUGAAAACACCACGCUGGAAACUCGUGCUGCUUGCCAGGUUGGCUCACUGGUGAUCACCUCCGCCAUCACCGCCCUUACCAAGACACUCUCGACCUCCAUCAUCCAUGCACUUAACCCUGGCCCGGGCAGCUACCUUCACCUCACCUCGAUCACAGAACCAACAUGUCGGCUCUACUUCGACUUUCCUGCCGACGAGGCAAUGACAAUAAUCAAGGACUUCCGGCUUGUCUUUGGCGACGCCAUUCCUCGCUCCGUGCAGAUCGACCUCGCUAACCUCGAUGCUCAUUACUACCACGCCCAAAACAGUCAGUCAACACCAAAGAAGCCGUCUACAUUCCGAAAGUCCCUACACCGCGCGAGAGCAGUGGUCAGCAAGAUGUCGUUGAAGAAGAAGAAUGUGGAAUAG